AUAAAGAUGGCCGACGUAAGGAGGAUCAAAGGAGCUGUUGACUUGAUCAGCAAUUUCCCAGAUGAGAUCCUCCAACACAUACUCUGCUUUAUUCCGAUCAAAGUAGCCAUCAAAACAUCCCUCUUGUCUAAACGAUGGAGGCAUGUAUGGUGCGAUAUACCUUCUCUCACCUUAGAUGUGGAUUCACUGACUGCCGCUUCCGUUACCGAAACCCUAACUCACUAUACAGCUCCCAAGACGAAGAUUUUUUUCCUCAAAGCCACCAAGAGGGAGGACAUUCCCCACAUCGAUCAGUGGAUCAAGUGCGCUAUGUCACACAACGUUGAGAAUCUGUCCCUCGAUUUCCCUCGUCCUUAUUAUGAAGAGUAUAAGCCGUUCCUGGAUUUAGGUAGUUCUUUUUGUGAAGGUUAUAAGCUUCCAGGUUUCUUCUACAACAGUUCUUCUUUCAAGCAACUCAAUAUUAAGUUAAGCUUGUUCGGUACGAUGGUUUCCGAGUGCUCGGUAUCUUGGACAUCAUUGCAGAAGUUAUCCUUGAGUCGUUUUAGACUCUCUGAUGAAUCCAUGGCCAAGAUUCUAUCCGGUUGUCCUGUUCUCGAAAAUUUAACGUUGUAUCACAUCCGUGAACUAAAGGUUCUCGAUCUCAGAAAAUCCCUACGUCUGAGAACAUUAGAAGUAAAACGUAACGUGUGGGUUCAGGGGCUAACGCAGAUUGUGGCACCACAUGUCCAUUGUCUCAAAUUGUUAAACUCUCAGUUGCCAUGUACUUUGGUUGAUGUCUCUUCUUUAACCGAAGCUAAACUGGACAUUUGUCAUGUCUCAAUGAACCCUCACUUAACGGCUGAUUUUCUUCAAGUCAUGGCGCUAAAGAUGUUAGAAAAGUUUCAGAACGCAGAGAAGCUUUCCUUUGGGGGAAACUUUAUUCUGAUUUUAUCUCUUGCUGAGAUUCGUGGUGUUCCUUUCCCGAUGCUCAAGGUCAAAUCAUUGAUUCUUGAUACAGUGAUCUGUCAGUAUGUUAUUCCUGGUAUAGAAAGGUUGUUACAAAACUCACCUGAUCUAGAGAAGCUAAUAGUACGUGGAAGGAAUUACAACACCAUACCGGAGGAGCAUGUUGACAUAUACUUGAAAUUAAAAACUUUGAACCCGGAUCAAUGCUGGAAAUCAAAAGAUGGUUUCGCUUGGAAUAAGUCUUGUUGGAAUGUACAACCAAAGCAAGUGGCUUCAUUCGUGGAACUUGUGCUUAUAAACACAGAGAAAUCACUCAAGCUGGUCGUACUGUUGGAUGAACGUCCUUACCUUAAGUUUAAAAUUGAAGAUCUGGUUGCAACACUUCCUCACAACAACAAUGUCACCAUUUUGCUCUCCACCAAUAAGCCGAUGCCAUCAGAGGAGUGGUAA